AUGCGCGGUAGUAGUAUCGGCUGGGGUCUUGACGUCGUUACCGGUGUUGACGAGCUAAAGCUCUUCGGUCUAGCCCUACUUGGUACUUUGGCAAGCGUCGUCUUCGGGCUUGUGUGGUCAGUGGUAAAACACGACAUACAGGGCGCAUUCGGUGUUGCAGGUUUCUUUUUCGCAAUUUCCGCAUUCACCAUCGCGAGUGUUAAAGCGCUGGACUUCUAA